CUGACUUCCGGCGGGCCGGGCAGCCGGCCGCCAUGGGCACCAGCCGGGGCCGCGACCCGCCGCGGGGGCCUCAGCCCGGGGGCGAUGGACCCGCCGUCGGCCCGAGCCCCUGGAACGUGAUGAUCAAGCACCGGCAGGUCCAGCGGCGCGGCCGGAGGUCCCAGGUGACCACCAGGGGCAGCUUCACGGACCCGGUCAUCUCCAUGGAGCUGCUGCGAGCCGUCCUCCAGCCCAGCAUCGACGAGGACAUCCGGACGGUGUUCGGCAAGUACCUGAAGUUCUUUCAGAAGGCGGCGCUAAACGUGCGGGACAACGUCGGGGACGAGGUGGAGACCGAGCGGCUGAUCCAGGAGGCCUGUCGCAGUUCUCUGGAGCAGGCCAAGCUCCUCUUCGCCAACGGGGAGAAGACGAUUCCCAGAUCGGGCCACAGAGCGCCGGCGGGAAAGCGUGGACAGCAGGUAGAAGGAGGAUCCCGCCAAGGAAGUCCCGUCCACAAGAAGCGGAAGGGGCGGCCUCCGGGACCCGCCGUCAGCUCCAACGACCGGGCGGCCUCGGCGGCGCCGUGGAAGGCCAAGGGCUGCGAGCUCGUCCGGCGGGACGGCCCCAAGUGGGACCCGGCCCGCCUCAAGAGCACCACCACCUUCGUGCUCGGCUCUCACGCUAACAAGGCCCUCGGCAUGGGAGGCACCAGGGGCCGGAUCUACAUCAAGCACCCGCAUCUCUUCAAGUACGCCGCCGACCCCCAGGACAAGCACUGGCUAGCGGAGCAGCAUCACAUGCGGGCCACCGGAGGCAAGUUGGCCUACCUCCUCAUCGAGGAGGACAUCCGCGACCUGGCUGCCAGCGACGAAUACAGGGAUUGCCUGGACCUGAAGCUGGAGGAGCUCAACCCUUUCAUCCCCCCGUCGUGGAUGGCCGAGAAGAUGCGCAGAUACAUGGACACCCUCCGCGCCGAGAACGAGCCGCGGCCCGGGGAGGCCCCCCCCGAGACCUGAACCCCGCCUCGAACCCGCGUCCCGAGACGGACCAGCGCCGAGGGGCCCGGGGACCCCCCCGGGGCGGGAGACUAUUAAACGGAGCCUCGGAUAC